AUGAAUAUUAGGCUAUCAGAUGUAGGGGAGGAGCCACAAUCUGUUCAAGUGCUUCUUGGUUCAGAUGUGAUAGGGAAUAUCAUGACUGGCCAGCGUAGAGUUCUAUCCUGUGGGCUUGUUGCCAUGGAGACACUACUUGGCUGGACUCUGUCAGGUAAAGUUCCUGAGAAUGAGAUGUCAUCAUACAAUGCUAUGCUGGUGGCCUCCCUAUUUGUGAAAGAGAUGGAUAUCUCCCAAUUAUGGAGAUUGGAUUCCUUGGGGAUCCAAGAUCCUUCAGAACAAAAAUCCAAAGUGGAGCUUCAUAAGGCGUCAAUGGAGCACUUCUUAAGAACUGUCAAGGUCGAUGAAGAAGAGCGAUUCCUUGUCUCCCUACCUUGGCUCGACGGUCAUUUGCCUCUUCCAGACAACUUCAAUUCGGCACUCAAAGGGUUGCAAGUGACAACCCAUAAGCUGAAGAAGGAAAACUUAUUUCAAGAAUACGGUGAUGUCUUUAAAGAAUGGAAACGAGAAGGCAUAAUUGAAGAAGUUCCCCUAGAGGAAAUAAAGUCUGCUUGUCACUAUCUGCCCCAUCGACAUGUGGUGAAGCCGAACAGCACUACGAAAAUUAGGCCCGUCUUUAACGCUUCAUCAAAACAAAAGGGAGCGGUCAGCCUCAAUGACUGUUUGGAAAAGGGAUUAAACUUGAUCGAAUUGAUCCCUUCCAUGUUAAAAAGGUUUCGACUGUAUAGGUUUGGCAUUUCGGCUGAUAUACGGAAGGCCUUCUUACAAAUAAGUCUAUAUAAGGAGGAUCGAAAUUUCCUGCGAUUUUUGUGGCACAGUGAAGAAGGAGAGCUCAUACAUUACCGACAUUGCCGAGUGGUGUUUGGUGUUUCCAGCAGCCCGUUCUUGCUUGGGUCAACAAUCCAAUACCACUUGGAGAGAAAGUUGGAAGAAGCGCAGCAAGGCCGUGGAAGAUACCCUGAGUGCAUUAUUCAAAAGUUGAUGAACAGCUUUUACGUGGACAAUUGUUUAGCAAGUUUCAAAACUCAGUCGGAGCUAGAACGAUUUAUUGAUGUAGCCACGGAGAUCAUGGCUGAAAGAAAAUUCGACUUACGAGGGUGGGAGCACUCUAGUCCAUCUGAUCCAAUAACAAAUCCUACAAUCAUCCUGGGAACGAUUUGGGGCAGACAUUGUGAUACUCUUUCAAUAAAUAUUCCUGAUUUGAGAGAACUAAUGGAAGAGGUAAUCACGAAAAGAAAUAUUCUUGCUGCUUCCCACAAAGUGUUUGAUCCCUUGGGGAUUACUAGUCCAGUUUUGCUACUACCAAAACUUUGGCUACAAAAUUUGUGGAAAUCUAAAAUCGGUUGGGAUGAAGAAGUAGAUCUAAAAACAAAUCAAGAUUUUCUGAAGUGGCUAAUGGAGCUGGAAUAUUUGAAGCAUAGUAAAACUAGAAUUGCACCUUGUGGAAAAAAGGAAACAACUAUUGCAAGGCUGGAACUGCUUGGUGCUGCUAUAUCUGCUCGUCUUUCUUCCACUGUCUUGAAAGAGUUUCCAACAGACAAUGUUUAUUUCUGGGCAGACUCUACUACUGUGCUGGCUUGGUUGAAGAGAGAAGAACCGUGGGGUGUAUUUGUUUACAACCGUGUUCAAGAAAUUCGAAAGCUGACACCAGUCAAAGCCUGGAGACACGUUCCUGGAUCACUGAAUCCAGUGGACUGUCCGAGUAGAGGGUGUUCAGCGAAGCAGCUUUGCAGUUCGAAAUGGUGGGAAGGUCCCAGUUGGUUGUAUCUUUCGUCUCAUGAAUGGCCUGUUAGUGAUGUGGUAGUAGAUGUCAAUGAGGAAGAAGUCAAUAAAGAGAAGAGCUAUCGUGACCUCUCUGAUGAAUAUUCAAACAACCGAUAUAAAGAGUGA